UCUCUUCUUUCUCCCUCCUACACACUUAUAGUUAUAGGCACCUCGCAGUGGUCACCACCUCAAAGUGAGGUGAUCCCUUCCCCUCCCUCCACCCUCCUCUCCACUCCUCAACGUCAUGCUCCCAAGAAGGCAGAGCAACUUCCACCUCAGAGAGGAGGGUGGCGCCGUCCACCACCGCGGAGGCCUCGUCGUCGCGGCCAUGACAAGCGGCGUCCGGAGCGUGCGCGAGCGCGAGCGCGAGCGCCUCGUCGUGGGGCUCCAGAUCCUGGUGCACCACCAGCAUCACCUCCACGGCCGGCACACACACGCGCAAGCGGCGAACAUAGUCUUCAAGCAGAUGGUGAGGCCCCGCGCCACCGUCACCGCCGCCUCCUCGCGCCACGCCGUCUCGUGCAGCUUCCUCAAGGCCUGCUCCCUCUGCAGACGGGAGCUCAGCCCUAACAAGGACGUCUACAUGUAUAGAGGAGACCAGGGGUUCUGUAGCGAGGAGUGCCGGUGGCAGCAGAUCCUGGUGGACGAGGCGCGCGAGCGCGAGGCGGCGGUGGUCAGCAAGGAGCGCCAGCGGCGAGGGCAGGCUCGCCACCACAGCCCCCACCACACGCCCAUCCGGGGCAGACCGCCGGGGAAGACGCUUGCCGUAGCCUAGAGCCAGGCCAAGAACCGAUGGCCGAAGGCCAAAGCAUGGAGCAGUACUGAUCAAUUAGUAAUCCUCUCUUCUCAAUCAUAAGGAUGAGUACUAGAGACCAGCCAAUAAUCAAUCGAGCUGCGUCUAUAUAUGCAUGCCGUGGUUAUCACGCGUGAUGCAUGAGAUGGGAGAACGAAGGGGCUGGAAAAAAAAAAGGAACUAUCACAAAAGUUGAUUGGGUGUUUUUUUGUUGCAUGUUGCAGUCUUGAAAAUUCAGGGUGUAACUUGCUCUUGUUACCACACAUCCAAUUGAUUUCAGAACAUGGAAGGAAGUGAUCAAGGGGUCACGAAGAGGUAUAUUGUGCUUA